AUGGCCGUCCUGCGUCCCGACCUAAUCGUCAAGAACAUUGUCCCCAUUGUCAUGGCUGGUAUCAUUGGUAUCUACGGGUUGGUCGUGUCGGUUUUGAUUGCAAACGACUUGCAACAGAAGGUUGCCCUGUACACGGGGUUCAUUCAGCUGGGAGCAGGUCUCGCUGUCGGUUUGGCCGGUAUGGCAGCUGGUUUUGCCAUUGGUAUUGUCGGCGAUGCUGGUGUGCGCGGAACAGCACAGCAACCCAGACUCUACGUUGGAAUGAUUUUGAUUCUCAUUUUCGCUGAAGUUUUGGGUCUUUACGGUCUCAUUGUCGCCCUUCUGAUGAACUCUCGCUCCACCAUCGACACGUCUUGUUAA